UAUCAUAAACGAGGUUAUCCUGAGGUUUAGAGGUUGGGACAGGCUGUGUGUGUGUGUGUGUGUGUAGCCGAGGCCCGAGAGCCGGAGAGUGCGGAUCUGCGGCUGUGGGUCACUCCGGGGCUGGAAGUGGGUGAAGUUAGACGUUCCGUGGUCUUCUCGUACUGUGAGUGGGGUGGGCAGCAGCAGCAGGGAUGGCAGAGGCUCACUCAGCAGUUGCAUUCUCCUUUGCCAUCACCCAUGAAGGUGUUCAUGUCAACUAUGACCGGGAAGUGCUGCAUGUUAUCUGGCACUCUGGCUUGCGCUCAUGGCGCCGGAACAUCCACCGUUUUGUGAACAAUGUGCAAUGCGGUCUGUUUCCCGCCUCCAUCUCUUCCCUGGCUCUCACUGUGGGAGGCUACAAUGCCCUCUACCUUGCCCGGGACCAGUAUGCCUCUGGAUUUGACAUCUCCCUAGGUCUAAUAGACAAAAUUAAGCACCACAUAAAGUUAGAGGAACCAGCCCAAAGUGUGGCUUGCUGUUCCAUCAUUGCAUGUGGCUGCUGGAUGGGUGCUAUUAUGUUCAUGAAGUACUCCCUAAGACUACUCUAUAUGUACAAAGGAUGGAUGUAUGAGACUCGUGGACGUGGUGGUAAGAUGAGUAUUACAACAAAACUUUGGAUCCUGGCUGUUAAAUUGCUCACUAAGUUCUCUCGGCCCAUGUUAUACUCCUAUCAGGGAUCCCUGCCCCGUCUGCCACUGCCAUCUCUCUCCCUCACCAUGUCCAGGUACCUACGCAGUGUGCGGCCACUGAUGGACGAUGAAAACUAUGUUCGCAUGCAGGGUUUGGCAAAGGACUUCCAGGCUGGUAUCGGCAAAAAGUUGCAGAGGUACCUAGUGCUGAAGUCUUGGUGGUCCACCAAUUAUGUAACAGAUUGGUGGGAGGAGUUUGUAUAUCUGCGAGGAAGGUCUCCCAUCAUGGUCAAUUCCAACUUCUAUGGCACAGAUGCCAUCUUGCUGCACCCCACUCACCUUCAGGCAGCUCGGGCAGCCAAUGUGACACAUGCUGCCUUCCUUUUCCGUCGCCUUGUAGACAGGCAGCAGCUUCAGCCGAUAAUGGCUCAAAACAUGGUUCCACUGUGCUCAUAUCAGUAUGAGCGGACCUUCAACACCACCCGUGUACCUGGGGUGCAGACAGACAAAAUUGUACAUUUCAGUGACUCAACCCACAUCACUGUGUACCAUGCUGGCCGCUUCUUCAAGAUGCCCUGCUAUUAUAAGGGUCGGCUGCUCAAUCCCAAGGAACUCCAAAUGCAGUUUGACAGGAUUCUAGCUGAUGAGAGUGUCCCAGAAAAGGGAGAAGCCACCCUUGGAGCUCUAACUGCAGGAGAGCGCACACCCUGGGCUGAGGCACGCACCAAGUUCUUCAGCAAAGGUGUCAACUAUAGCUCACUGAAGGACAUUGAGAAAUCAGCCUUUGUGGUGGUGUUGGAAGAGGAUGAGUAUGACUAUAGCCCUGAUGAUCCCACGCAACUGGACCGCUUUGGACGAGCUAUGUUGCAUGGCAAGGGGUAUGACCGCUGGUAUGAUAAAUCUUUCAACGUCAUUGUCAUGAAAAAUGGACGGAUUGGGUUUAAUGCAGAACACAGCUGGGCUGAUGCCCCCAUCAUGGGCCACAUGUGGGAGUACAUUAUGGGCGAGGAUAUCUUUGAGUUUGGAUACGAUGAUGAUGGUAACUGUGUGGGCAAAGUAACCUGCAAUCCUCCAGUACCGAGCCGCAUGAAGUGGGAGCUGAAUCAAGAGUGUCUGCAGGCCAUUGACACCUCAUUCAGGGUUGCAGACGCCCUCCUGAAUGAUGUUGAUCUGCGCCUGUACAUGCACACUGCUUAUGGCAAGGGCUUCAUGAAGGGGUGCCGCCUCUCACCAGAUGCUUACACUCAAAUGGCUCUCCAGCUGGCCUACUAUCGGGAUGCUGGCAAAUUCAACCUGACAUAUGAAGCAAGCAUGACACGUCUUUUCCGUGAUGGCCGCACCGAGACUGUUCGUCCCUGUACUAUUGAAUCGUGUGCUUGGGUGAAGGCUAUGGAGGACAAGGCCAUCCCAAAUACAACCUGUGUGGAGCUCUUGAAGACGGCUUGCAAUCAACACCAAACAGGCUAUCGUGAUGCAAUGUGUGGCAAGGGUAUUGACCGUCACCUCUUUUGCCUUUAUGUUGUCUCCAAGUAUCUGGAAGUAGACAGCCCCUUCCUUAAUGAGGUACUGUCAGAACCAUGGCGCCUCAGCACUUCACAGACUCCCCAUGGCCAGACCAGCAAGAUGGACCUUGUCAAGAACCCCAAGUGCAUCAGUGCUGGUGGAGGCUUUGGUCCUGUAGCAGAUGAUGGCUAUGGAGUGUCAUAUAUCAUUGCUGGGGAGGACACCAUUUUCUUCCAUGUGUCCAGCAAGAAGAGCUCUCCUGUCACAGACUCCAAGAGGUUUGCCCGUCAGAUAGAGAAGGCACUCAGUGACAUGAAGAAUCUCUUUGAAGCAGUGGGCAAGAAAUAAUGGCAACACAAACUGACUUGUUGUGGGCCUUGUGAAGAAAUAUUUAGGGCUGCUUGACUUUAGCAACCACUCAAGUCUCAAAUUGGGUUGAUAAGUAUAGUAGGGAGAUGUUACAUAUGUUUUUGUGGUUGUGUAGGAAGGAUUGAGUCCUCUCAUCAUCAGUUUUAAUGCCAACCUUCACUUUUCAUUUUUUUAAAUUUUCACAUACCCCAUGGUUUUUAACAACUUAAGGCUUGAUGAAUUUCAGAGUAAUACACUGAUAUUCAGAAUUUUAUGUGAAUGAUGCUGGAGCAGCUUAACUUGUUAUUCCCAUGUGUUUUGACUACACAGGAUAGUGGUUUUAAUUUGGAUAUUUUUUUUAGGGUAAAACUAUUAUUUAUAUUCCCCUCUUGUGAGCAGUUAUGACCCAGCUGGUAGCUCUCACACUGUGUAAUCCUGUCUCUUUCAGCAUAUGCUGCACUGCAGUGAGGUGGGAUAAGUGUAGUCAUAAGAAAUCUCUGUUUUACUACCUAUAUUAUUUUUUUAACACUGAUAGUCAUAUCUUUCCUGCUCAUGUAGCAAACAUACAUACAUUCCUACACUCACACAGCUAUUACAUGAUCCAUUACCAUGUGGCAGGAAGGCAUAUGUAGUGAAGCUUUAUAGGAAUCAUAUGAUAUAGAGUAUAUAUACAUUUAUAAUUCAGAUCUUUAUAUUUCCUUGGUUUUAAUGUUGUUAAUUUUGAGAGUCUACUAAAUAAGGUUCAAAGAAAGGAAAUGGUGUAGGAUGUGGUUUUAACUUUGAUGCUUCACUAUGAAACCAGCAUCACAGACUCAUCAACAGUCAAUUCUCAGACAAUUUUUUAUGUAGAAUAGAUGUUGAAAAAUUGGGAUUUGGUCUGUUUAAAUGUAAGAAUAGGAUGUGGAAAAUUUUUAAUAAAUUUUUUUCACAUGAUAUUUGAAAAAAUAAGUACAACUCAUUGAUACAGAGAACUUAGUCUUAUGGAAGUAUGUCCUCUGCAAUACCACUGUUUUUGUUACAAUAUGGGUAGCUUUCACAUAUAGAUGAAUUAUUAAAGUGUUAUGACUUGUUUCUGUUUUCUAUUAAUGUAAGUAAUUUACUUGCACCUGAGAGCAGCAUCUCUCAGUGUUAGCAGGUAGGCAUUUGUGGUGAUGUGUGUGUGUGUUUGUGUGGAAAGAGGGUGUUGUUGACCCACAUUUGGCUAAUUCUCCACAUGGAGGAGAUGACAGAGUAUAGAGUUAUGAUUAGGAAAAAAUGCUCCUCUUUACAAUUCUAGUUCGUACAUAUGAAGCUUUCUUGUGAUGUGCUUAAAUCUAUGUGCUAAUGCUAAAAAUUACAGUAAAGUCUGAUCUAGGCAGUGUAGAGUACAAGUUUUUCUCAUUUUAAUUUGAAAAAAUGUGAAAUGUUUUUUAAUUGACCGAGUUAUUAUUGAAAUGAUUAUAGUUGGAUGGCUUUAGUGAUGGAUAGCAAAAAAAUUUAAUAGGAGAAUGAAACAAGAACUAGAGGAGUUACAAAAAAUGAGUUGAGAGGGUAAUAGAGAGUUUGCUGGUAAUAUAUAGAAGGGAUAGAUAUAUAUGAUUAUUUUAACAAUAGUAUAACAGCAUUGAUCCUUGGGUGUCCAGCACUUCCAGGGACAAACAUAUCUAUGUAUUUCUUAUUUCUUUUUCAUCUUCUUCAUGUGGACUUCAAGAAUGGAUCUGAUUAAUGUCUUGUUGAUUUAUCAUCAGUCAACUCCACUCAUAAUCUGUCAUAAGUAUUGUUCUAACACUUAAAUGGUGAGAUCUUGUGUAAUAGGUUAGAAUAUACCUGUGAGUUUUGUUUUGCUGCCAAGAAUUGUCACACAUCAGUGUGAAGAAUGAAGGUAUCUUUUGAAGGCUGCAGAGGAAAGAUGGAUAGGUGAAUGAUUGCAUAAGAUUCCUCACUGUGUUUUACAGAUGAGUUUUGCCUUGACUUUCUGAUGUCCUAGACUUGAUAGAUUUUCUUUGUGGUUUUCCAAUGAAGCCUCAUGGUGACAGUCAAACUCAAAGGUAAUGAGCCUUGUGUUUAGAGUGUGAACUAUCAUAUUUUGCGACUGCUCAAAUUCUGGACACAUUUUGAAUGAGUUUUGCAUAACUGUAUUGAUCGUAGACAAUUGAGGAUAUGGUUUAGGAUAGCAGGAAUGUUUUAUAUCCAUCUAAAGAGUGUAAGUUUAAGUGAAACAUUCAUAUCUAAAUCAAUUAGUAUUUCAAUUUACCAGUCAAAUGUGUACUUACUUCAGCUUUUAAUGGCCAGUGGGUUACCAGUUCACCAAGCAGUGUGAUAAACAGUUCGGGUAGAUGAUACAUUAAUGGAAACCAAGACAUGCAUUUAUUGAAGUAGAGCAGGAUCCCUUCAACUUUCCUUGUCAGUAAAGUAUUUUUCCAAACUUGCUUGCAGUUAGAAAAGAUGAUAAAUCUUACCUGUAGUGGAAGCCAGCUUGUGAAGAGAACCAUGUUCUGAAGUGAAAAUCCGAGCCAAACCUGUCAUGAGCAUGGUCACUCCCACACAGUUGGAAGCUUGACAUCAUGCUGCCCAUUUUGUGACACAAAUGGUUCUCUGCCAUUUUCAUAUGUGCACUUUCAUUUUAAUUUUAGUAAAGAAAAUCUUACUGUAUAUUUUUGUUAGUUGCUACAGAAACUUUUAAUGUUACAUAAGCCCAAUUCAGGUAUUCUCACCAGGUGCCUCAAUAUCAAUGCAAUUAUUCCUUAAUGAACAAUGCAAUCUUGUGUAGUACCACUUUACCGUAGCAAUGUGUUCAUAGUAUUUUAGGCACUAGUGUACUAGACAUAAGUAAUAAAUGGCUAAAAUGCA